AUGAAAGAAUUAUUAAAUUUAGCUUUGAAAAACAGUUAUUUUCAAUUUAAUGAAAAAUUUUAUAAACAAAAAAUAGGUUUACCUAUAGAUGAUACAAUAUCACCAAUAUUAGCCGACAUGUAUAUGAAUGAAAAUCAAAAACAACAUUUAGAUGAAGUAAAUAUUCCAAAUAGAAUUUGGAGAUAUGUUGAUGAUAUUCUAAUUAUUACAAAAAUGAGUAAACAACAAUUAGAUAAUUAUGCCAAGGAUUUGAAUAAAAUAUGUGGAACAAUUAAAUUCACCUCAGAAUUUGAGCAAAACAAUGAAUUAAAUUAUCUUGAUACAACAUUAACAAAACUUAAAAUUAGAUGGUUUCGAAAAGACACAGAUACAGAUAGAUUAUUGAUUUGUGAAUCAAGUAAUGAAAAAUCUAUCACAACAAACAUCGUCAGCCAUAUGAAUACAAGAAUUUAA